ACUCUUCUUACUUUGUUUGUCUAUUUCGUGUAUGGCAUGGAUGGUUGGUGUGAACUCGAAGACAUCAAUGAAUACGACCUUAAUUUGUCUGCACAUCACCUGCUAAUAUUAUGGCUCAAACAAAUAGAUCACCAAUCUAUUUGUUUGAACAACUAAAGCUAAACGAUGUAGGCAUGUAACAACCUCUACUGACUAAUGAAAUUACAUGUUUCGAAAAAAAAGUCAAUAUUUUUAACAAGUCUUUUAAUUUUGGUUGUUGCAAACAAGUCCAUUAAAAUUGACUGAUUUUAUAGAUGAAAUGUUUAAAUUUGUGAUUAUGAAAAAAAUGUAUUGUUGUCACAACCAAGGUUUUCAAACCGGUUUAAGUUAUUGAGCCGGUAAAACAAGUGAUUUGAGAUUUAAUGUUCUGAUCGGAGUCCAACCUGUUUGAAUUGUUCUAUACAUUUUCUAAAUAUUAUACAAAUAAAGUAAUAAUUUCAAAUUUUAAUAACUGAAAUAAAUUUUACCUCACAUGUAUCUAUAAAAACCAACAUUCCACUAAAAGAAUAUACAAAAACCCCAUGACCCAUCUAGCAUUCCUCUGAACUCUCUCGGUCUCUCCCCUUCAUCUCUUUCUCUUCUUCUCCCUCUCUCCCCUUUCCCUUCGCUUCCUCCUUUCACUUUUUCUAGCGGUCAGACUAUUGACUAUUUGGAAACUAGGGUAAAAUAUCUUAGGUACCACUUAAGUUUGACAAUUGGGAGAGUUAUACCACUUAAAUUAGAAUAGGGCGUCGGGUAUACUUAUGUCAUAGAAAUGGGCCUUCGUCCAAUUUUUCGUCCAAUUGACUAACAGAUCUAAUAAAAAAAAUGUUUAUUUGACAACUCAACACUUACUGUGAUGCUGAGCCACAUUUUUCUAUCCCCUACUGCAAAAGAAUCCAAAUAAAAAAAGAAAAAGAACAAUCAAAUAAAAAAACAAGUUUUACUGGUUAUGCAUUUCCCUUUCCCAUCACUUUGCCCCGAUACCACACUACUAUGUCGUCGCCUGCAGAAAUUCCCCAAGGAAGAAAUUUAAAAAACCCACUCUGCCCCAAUUCAACUUCUUCUUCAACCAAUUUUAGGGUUCUUUUCUUCCCUGCCCAAAUUCGGAACACAGUGAAUUCCCCCUUCAUCCUGAUCGGGAAGAAAGGAAGAAACCCAGAGACCAAUGAAAGCACAAAGGUUGUGAAACCAAUUAGCAUUACAAACAAACCAGAGCCAACAUUGACUCCAACCCCGAUUGCUAGCGCAUCAUAAUUUCCUCCAUCGUCGAGCUCAAGUUGUGAUUCACAAAUUAACUCCUCGAUUACGAGGAAGAGAAACGGGAGAAAAACAUGCAAUCCAUCCUUUGACCAGAGGCAUCGAAUGAGGAGGCGCGGUGCGGUCGUACGUCACCAGCGCGAUUACGAGAAUCGUAGGGACCGUUAGCUUCUUAAGCGCUUGAGAUGCCUUAACGACGAAGUUGCAUAAUCUCUCGAAUGAGGUCUUUUUUUCAUUCUUGGUCUUUGCAAUCGCGAUGCUCGAGCCUGUUGGGGCAUGCUAGUGUCUUUCGAGGAGUUUAGAUGCUUCGUCGAGAAGGAGCACCUAAUGGUGAGCCCGAAAGCAGGGUUCAUUGAAGGAUUUGUUAGCGGUGGUUCUGAGAGGGAAUGAGAAAGAGUAGUGAAUUUUUGGAGGCAGCAAAAAUUUGCUUCCAUUUGAGUCGGUUCGAUGAAGCAGUUACAGCUUUUGAGGGGAGUUUCGAGAAAGAGUGUGGUGGCGGAAGGAAAUUUGGGAAGGAGUUGCAGCAUCAGACACAAAUAGUGACUCAACAUGUUUGAGACCCACAUUCAACUCUGAUAUGACAAGAAUUUUAUUUUUAUUUCUACCGUUAGUCAUCUGGACGGAUGUCUAUUUCAAGAACAUAAGUGGUAUACGACGUUUUAUUCUAAUUUAAGUGAUAUAUUUGUCCAAAUUCUCAAAUUUAAGUGAUAUUCGAAGUAUUCUAAUUUAAGCGACAUAGUUGUCCCAAUUGUCAAACUUAAAUGAUAUUCCAAGUUGGAAAGUCAGAAACUAUUUUGAAGUCCGAUUCAGAGACCGACCGGUACCACUAUGUUUGGCAACAAGGGGGGUGCAAGUUCGAGGGGGUACAAGUUGAGGGGUAAAUUGUUGGGGGGUGCAACUUGGUGGAGGGUGUAAGUGGAGGGGUAAAUUGUUGUUUGGAUGAAAAAGUAGGGGGUGCAAAUAGAGUAAAAAGUAAGUAAUUAUAUUAUUAUAAAAUAGAUUUAUCAAUUUAUAAAAUAUUAUCACAAAAUAAUAACAUGAACAUUCAAUAUAUAAUAAUAAAAAUAAUAAAUAAAAAUAAUUUUAAUAAAAAUAAUUAUUAUAUAAUAAUGCUCAAAUAUAAUUAUUUAUAACAACAAUAAUAAUCAUUGGUCGAGCAACCUCGAAACUCGAAAUCCAACUCGUAACUGGUCAUCCUAAGGGGGUUCUCGUGCCUAACUUUAAAUUGAAUAUGGUCAAACUUAGUCAAACACGUUCGAAUCUGUAAGUUUUAACUACUUAUUAAAGUAAAUCGAGUUAACUAAACUGUUCCUCUCUAUCUUUUCAACAAAUGCUUCUUAUCUCUAAUUUUCAAUGCAAAUUCGGGUCAACUAAGAGAUAUCGAUUUGACGAGGCGAACAUUGACAAACUUGCUCUCUUAGUCAAACGGUCAACCCCAAACAACUUCUACACUAAUAUAGAUAUAAGAAAAAAUUAAUAAUAUUAAUUAUUAUGUAAUUAUAAUCUAAUUAAAAAUUCAUAAUUCCCCUCCUCCUCCUUCCCCCUCCCUUCCUUCCUUUCCUUGCACCCCAAUUUGGGGGUAAGCCGAAACAGUGAAUUUACGCUCACGUUUUGCACCCCCCUACUGUUACAAAAUAACCAAACGGGGGUAAACACCUUGGAACUUGUGUUUACCCCUCCAAACUUGCACCCCUUUCAUUUGCACCCCUUCCCAAACAUAGUGGUAGAGGUUCAACCUUGAUCAUAACAUUAAAAGGUUAUUUGUAGAAAUGUAUUUUUGUGAAAGAUCUAGUAAAAUGUUAGAGAAGAAUAAAAAAUGAGAUUCAACGAAAAAAAAUGAAUAAAAAAUGAGAGAGUCACAGUUUUCUUCCACCUCUUCCCGAUGCGUGGCGCUUCAAUCCUCUGCUACUGGGAACAAAACAGCUUCCCCUGCACUCCUCUCCUCUUCAUAUCCCGGCGUCAUUCCCCCAUUGGGUUCAACAAUCCUUCACCCCUCUGGCUCAUGCACCGUCUUCCGCUUCCUUAAUGUAAAACCCACCGCUGCAUUCUCCGCCACGAUCUCCGGCCGGCGCCAUCCUCAUUCUAAAUCGAGAUGACGACUUCUCGCCGGAAUUUGAUUGCUUCGCUCCCUCUCCUUCUCCUAUGCCUCUUCGCAUCUCCGUCUCGUGCGAUUGACGAUUUCCACCAGGCGUACGUUGACUCUCGCCAACUACAUGUUAGCUGUUUGAAUUUGUUUUCUUUUUCGAAAAUCUUGGUUCUAUGCAGAAUGUGGAGACAGCAGUUUUUCCUGAAUGCUUACUUCCUUCUCGAUGGCGUUUGUUUGCGGUAUUGUGGGGGCGGGGGAGUUUAUCGACUUUUUGCGCUGAAUAUAGACACAUUGUCGGUGGUUAUUUACGGUUGCCACUUGGAUGUGAAGCUUGAUCUGGUAGACUUUAGGGCAGUUGUUAGUUGUGACUCGUAGAAUUAGUAAUACAGUUCGAAUUUUUUCCAGGUUCUAGCUGUGUUUUUGUACUGCAACUAGCUGCCAGAGCCAUAAUUGUUAAAUUAGCGUGGAAAGAAAUAUGAAGUCGUGGGUUUGGUGCUUGGUGGGUAUUGCUUUUAGUUCGGGUGUGUAUUGGAGCAAUGCGAUGCAGCUGAAGUCGAGCAAUUUUUGUGUUAACUGGACAUGAAGAGACCAAUCUUGAUUGAGAAAGUGAGAUAUGCUCUUCGAUAAGAUAGGUGGCAUUUUUUAGUUUGUCUGUAGCUUUGUUAGUUGGCCAGUUGUUGAGGGUCUUUGAAAUUCCUAUUUAAGUUAGGUGGAUCACUGGAUAAGUCUCUGCAUAUUGUCACUUAGAAAUUUUGUUGCUUCUCCCUGACUCGUGGGGGCGUCAGACUUCUUAGGAACACACAUUGUUAGCCAUUUUCAAGGCAAAAACUGUGAGCCUGAAGCAACAACUACCUCAUUUGUAUGAUAUUAUGCUGGAAAUGUACUUCAAUUCCAUCUCUUUCUCGAAUUUUUCAUUUGUGAUAUUCUCUGUUUGUUGCUUCAAUUCUGUGGUUCAGUUCACAGUAAUUUUGAGCCAUUUUAUAUUUUGGGGAGUAGAGAUGAGAUAUAUGUCAUUUUCACUAGUAGUCCCUUUUCUCACAAGAUAUACUGAAAAGUGAUACUGACUUGAUAAUCUACAGUUCCAUUUGUGAGCUCUUGAUAGGCUGGAGAAACAAAUAAUAUGUGUGAUUUGAUUGUUCUCUUUGCAUAUGCAGGUUUCCCAUAGUUGAACCUGAUCCAGGACAUACAAAACUUCGUCUUUCACGUGAAGGCUUGGAAGCUAUCAGAAGAAUUGAAAACCCAAUUGCUGCUGUUGCUGUAUGGCUUAGAAUUUGCUUCCCUCGUAUCUCACUAAUCUCCAUGUUUUUAUCAUAAGACUUCUGAGUACUGCUACUGAAGAUAUCAUAUAACAGUGUAUCAACAUGGCUCAAUUCUUUGUUCUUUGUAGCUUUUGAACAAUAAUUAUACCUAUUGGCAUGUGAGUAUACAGUUCUUUCAGAAAGGGAACUUCAUGACUUGAUCCUGGGUUCUAGAAUUGUGGAACUAGCAUCUCAGUGCAACUGUGGGAUCUUCUGAGUUUAUUAUUGAAUUCCCCAACAAUUCCAAUGGGCUGUAGCUCAUUACCAUUCCUCUUACCCUUCUAUAAGCCUUCAUGGAAGAAAGAAAUCCUUACAGUUCCAGUUCUAUGGAACGCUAUACGACAAUUUUCAAUUCGUCUUGUUUACAAUAUUGUAAAUAUCAUGCAACAAUUUUGCAUUUUUUUCCUGACUAAUACCUUAAUUGUUGGCUAUUUAGGUUAUUGGUCCAUAUCGCUCUGGAAAAUCAUUUUUGCUUAAUCAGCUUCUUUCCCUUUCUUGUGAUGAAGGUGAGAUUAUCGAAUAUGAUUUUACUCUUAUAUUGGAGUUCUUGUAUUUAAAGUAGGGAAAAGAGAGAUACAUUCAAUUGACAUUACAGUUAUAUUUUACCUUCAGGAUUUGGUGUUGGACAUAUGCGUGAUACCAAAACAAAAGGUACCAUGAGUUAGAAAAAUUGAGACACUUAAAAUGUUCUUCACCUGUUUUAUGUAAUUUGUUUAUAUUUAUUUUUCAUCAGGAAUUUGGGUAUGGGGAACCCCCGUAGAGUUAGACAUCAAUGGAGUAAAAACAUCUGUCUUUUACCUAGAUACUGAAGGUUUUGAAAGUGUUGGCAAGUCAAACGUCUAUGAUGAUAGGUAAAUUGAAUGGCUGCCCAGUUUGCAACUUGUCCAUGGUGAUUUUGAGCUGUGCAUGGCCAACUGACAUUUAUUUUUUCAGGAUAUUUGCUCUUGCAACAGUCUUGAGUUCCGUGCUUAUUUAUAAUCUUCCAGAAACGGUUAGUGCCUUUUUCUGCUGUGUUUAAUAUGAAUAAGAUUGUCGACUGAGUAAAGUCUGGUUUGUUGGCUUUACAAAUAUGUUGUCUUAGGAUCUCGUUGUGUCCUAGAUUAUUUUUCUUCUUUUGGAGGCUAAGCUGUUAAUAAUUGAAGGUUGCUUUCAUUUAGAGUCAUUAAUGAUUGAAGUUUGAUAUUAUAUGGACGAUUUAUGGUCCACUGGAUCAGCACUUGAUGGAAGUUCUUAAGUUUAGAAAAUUCACGGUAUCAUCAGUGUGGUAGAGGUUAGGUCUUUAUCAUGCAAAAUCAGUUAUGCAUAGGCUUUCAUGAGGAUCAAUUGUCACAUAACAUUGAAAUACUGUAUAAUUCUAGGAUCCAAUAACAAGCGUUUUACAAUUAUCGUCAAUUUUCAAAAGUUGGAUGCCUUACUUCCUAAUUAGUGAUUCAUCUUAAACAGUAUAGAUCCCUUUAUAAUCAAACCCCUUGUCCCUGUUCUGAAUUUUCCAAGCCAAGGAAAUGCACAGAAGUUAGCGAUAGCCGCCUCCUCUGAGCUCCCCUCAUUCUCCUUCCCAAACGCAGGGCUAUCCUCUAAUGGAAACCCUUGGGUAUCUUGAAACAGAAAGGGAAGGUUUCGUGUUUAACUCUCAAGUCCUCGAGUUUGGAGUUCUUUUAGAAACAUGGAAAGAGUUUGUUGUAUUACCUGUGCAAGUUGUAACCAUAUAUGCAAGGAACCAAGGGCGCUCGAUCAGGCUGUGUUUCAUCUAGUAUAACAUUUCAGGAGCAAAACUUUAAGUUUUAGGAGAACGAGGAGAAGAGUGCCUCGUAUAGGUAUAGAAAAAGUUGAGUCAAUGAAUUGAAAUGUAAGUCUUUAUUAACAAAUAUAAAGGUGAGUAUGCUGUAUUGGCUAAGAUGUGUAUACUAUUGGGAUCCACCAAAUGAAGCUGCUUGGUAGAAAUGAGUGGCAAAAAUUGGACAGAAAUAAAAAUGUCCUAUUCAU